CGCGCAAGUGGCCCACUCAUACAGACCCGUACGCUUCCUUCAAGUUUAUAGGUUACAGUUCGGGUAGUGGCAGCACCCGACGUCCUUGUUCUGUCGUGAUGACGACCCGGCCGUGCACCUUCUUGACUGGCGUGCCUUGAAACGCACCAACUUGAGCAACUUCUUCACCAAAUUGCUUCUUCUCUGCGCCGACUCGAUCUCGUUAUCACAGAGCUGCAGCGUUAAUGCGAGCACCGGUGCCUGUUCCUCCACGGUGUCGUUCGUUCAUUCCGCGCACCACCACUGCUGACUCGCCGUCCACGGUGAUGCCCUCCGUUCGUACUUCAUCUGUUUUCGUUGACACCCGCCGUGGUGGCAUUGUGUGCGCUUCGGCGUCGCCCACCAUCAACGUCGUGAUGGGUUCGGCCCACGCUGUCUACCAUCACGCUCGCGUCCUACACGUCAACGGCCGAUGCCAUACCUAUCAGGUCAUCCACAGUGUAAUGGGCUCACUGUGUGCCCACUACUUCUGCUUACACGCUAGCGCACGUGUAUGAGGAAGCGUAGUUUGCUUAAACUUAGAUUAACUAUACUUACGUCUCGUAAGUAUAGAUUUACUUAAAUAAGAAAGCAAAAGCCGAUUUACCGUAAAAUUGAGAA